AUGGCACCGUCUCGAGCAACAAAGAGAAUACGGCUCUCCCCGUCCGACGACGAGGCCUCCCCCGCCCCAAAGUCUGCCACCAUCAAGCAAAAUUUCUACAGCAAUGCUGCCGAGUGGGAUCUGGAGCAGGACUACGAGCAGCGGCCUCGAAAGGGCAAGAAGAAAGCACAAGAAAAGACCCGUCUUCCGAUCAAGACGUCAGAGGGUCUCGUGCAGGUCAGCGAAUCCGACGAUGCCGCAGCAGGCGAUGCGGACAGCUUCCUAGACUCGGAUUCGGAGAAUGACAGUGCAGAGAAAGAAGACGAAGAAGAGAAAGAAGAAAAGCCCGCUGGGCCAAAGGUUCCUUUAAAGGUGCAAGUCGUGCAAGCAAAAGAGGAAAUGGCACAUAUUGCCAUGUUGAUCAACGAAGACCCAGAGGAACAUAUCAAGCUGUUUAGAAAACUGGCCGACUACGUUGACAAGACCAGCACACAUCCUGCAAUCAAGAAACUGGCCCUGGCCACCCAGGCUGCUAUAUUCAAGGAUGUUAUUCCGGGCUACAGAAUCCGUCCCAUUGCCGAGGAAGUCGGCAAGAACGAAAAAAUCUCAAAAGAGGUCCGCCAGCUGAGGGGCUUCGAGCAGUCGCUGCUCUCAUCCUAUGUGCACUAUGUACAACAGUUGACAACCCUCUGCAGGGGUAGCAGACAACGAAACAACAAGGACGAAGCUGGCCUGCGGACCGUCGCCGUGGGCUGCGUAUGCAACAUGCUUAUUGCCGUGCCACAUUUCAACCAGCGUCUCGAGCUGCUCAAAAUCCUGGUCAACCGUCUAUCCAAACGCCGCGUCGACACCGACUUUGUCAAAUGCCGGGAAACAAUGGAAGAAAUCUUUGCCAAGGACGACGACGGCAUCGUCUCCCUCGAGGCUGUCGGGCUGCUGUCCAAAAUGAUGAAGGCAAAGGAUUUCCACGUCCACGAGUCUACCCUCGAUACAUUCCUUCAUCUCCGACUGCUGGCCGAGUUCUCCUCCAAGGGCUCGCGGGAUCGAGUCGACCGCGAAGAGCCCGAAACAUAUGGCAAGAAAGGAAAGAACAAGAAAGAAUUCCGCACCAAGAAGGAACGCAAAGUCGAAAAGGAGCGCAAAGCAGUUGCCAAGGACAUGCAGGAGGCCGACGCCCUUGUCAGCCAUGAAGCGCGGGAAAGGAACCAGGCUGAGACAUUGAAGCUGGUCUUUGGCACAUAUUUCCGCAUUCUCAAACUGCGCCACCCAAAACUUAUGGGCGCUGUGCUCGAAGGUCUCGCCAAGUACGCCCAUCUGAUCAACCAAAACUUCUUCGGUGACCUGCUCGAAGCCCUGAAAGAUCUGAUUGCACGUCUUGAAAUCGAAGACAACCUCGACAAUGGUGACGACGGUGACGAAGACGACAACGACGAAGAGCUCACUGCCAGACAGUCCACCCGCGAAGUGCUUCUGUGCACAAUCACUGCAUUUGCCCUGCUCGAAGGCCAGGAUGCCAGCAAGGCCGCGUCAUCCCUGCACCUAGACCUGAGCUUCUUCAUCACCCAUCUCUACCGCGCUCUAUACCCGCUCUCAACCAACUCGGACAUUGAGUACAACCCUGAAAAGGCCCUACGCCUACCAGACCCAGGAACCAGACAAGCCGACAACAACACCACGUUUCAGCGGAGAAACAAAGUCAAUUUCCAAACGCCCAUGGUUCUCCUCCUACGCUGCCUGCAAUCAACACUUCUCGCUCGCAACCUUGGCACAGUGCCGCCUAUGCGUCUCGCAGGUUUCACGAAACGACUGAUGACGACCGCACUCCAGCUGCCCGAGAAAUCGUCUAUUGCGGCGCUGGCUCUGCUCGGCAAGGUGGCCAAACAGCACGGACACAAAGUCGCACCGUUGUGGAAUACCGAAGAGCGAAAGGGCGACGGCGUGUUUAAUCCCGUUGCCGUGGAUGUUGAGCAAAGCAAUGUCUUUGCUGGUACGGUGUGGGAAGGGGAGCUAUUGCGAUUACAUUACUGUCCAGAAGUGCGUUCUGCUGCUUUGGAUAUUGACAAGUUGAUUGCCUCUACUGGCAGGUAA